AUGGAGUUAUGUGGAGGAGAAAGACUUUGUUUUUUUACAGUUGUGCUUUAUUUCUGUGUCGCGGCUGCAAGUGAAGCACCCAGAGUUCACACGGCGCUUGGCAGUCUGAAAGGGGAGUAUGUGACUGUAAAAGGGAAGGAGACAGGGGUCUACGCCUAUCUAGCUGUCCCAUUUGCAAAGCCACCUGUUGGGCCUGGUCUGAGAUUCGCUCCACCACAGAAAGUGGAGGGAUGGCAAGGAGUGAGAGAUGCAACCAAGCAGCCACCAAUGUGCGUUCAACAUAGACAAUUCCUUAUUGAUCUGCUGGAUAUGAUUGGUGGCAUAGCAAAAGAGAUCCCAGAUAUUUCAGAGGAUUGCCUUUACCUCAACAUUUAUACUCCUGCAAAUAGAGCUCCUGAUACUAAGCUCCCAGUCAUGGUAUGGAUCCAUGGUGGAGGCUUUACACUAGGAUCAGCUUCAAUGUAUGAUGGAUCUGCCAUAGCUGCUUACCAGGAUGUGGUUGUGGUGGCAAUCCAAUAUCGCUUGGGAGCUUUGGGUUUUCUCAGCACAGGAGAUGAGCAUGUGCCUGGUAACUUUGGCCUACUUGACCAGGUUGAAGCUCUCCGCUGGGUCCAAGAGCACAUUGAAAACUUUGGGGGAGACCCUGCCUCGGUCACCAUAUUUGGAGAGUCGGCUGGUGGAGUAAGCGUUUCCCUGUUGCUUCUAUCACCAUUAUCCCACGGAUUGAUACAUCGAGCCAUUGCUGAAAGUGGCACUGCUGCUAUGGAUGCGUUCUUGUCAAAUGAUCCCUUACCAGUAGCACAGUUGAUUGCAAAUGCAUCUGGAUGUAGUAUUGAAAGCACAAAGAAGAUUGCUGCUUGUUUGAAAAAGACUGAUUUUGACACUUUUCAGACUCUUGCACAGGAUCCAAACCUAAGAUUUACGAUUACUACAGAUGGAUACUUCCUUAAAAAAACAAUAAAUGAACUAUUUGAGAAGCAUGAAAUUCUGAAAAUCCCAUUCAUGACUGGUGUUAAUGACCAUGAAGGCGGUUGGUUAAUUCCUGCUGUAAGUUUCAUGGCUCCUCCAAACUGGACUGAAGGAAUGGACCGGGAGCAGGUUUUAAACACAUUCGUACUCUUCAGCUCCAAUCUCGAAGACUCUAUUGUCAUGGAUCUGAUGGCGGAUGAAUAUCUCGGAGAUGGUGAAGAUCGUGUAAAAAAUAGAGACGCUUUCACCGAGUUCUUUGGGGAUAUGUUGUUUACCAUUCCUGCCAUUAAGACUGCAAAUGCGCACAGAGAUGCAGGUGCCCACGUUUACCUGUAUGAGUAUCAGCAUCCGCCUAAUUUCAUGAAAGCAAAAAGACCAAGCUUUGUUAGGUGUGACCAUGCCGAUGAACUCUUUACAGUUUUAGGGUUUUGCUUUACAACGGGCCACAUCAAGCUAAAUGCAACAUGCCUGGAGGAGGAAGAAGAACUUAGUAGAACAAUGAUGGCCUACUGGGGCAACUUUGCUCGGACAGGGUCGCCAAAUGGUGAUGGCCUUGCUUACUGGCCCAAUUAUGGCAAAGAAGAGAAGUACCUGGUCAUAAAAGCUAAAGAGCAGGUCGUUGCCCAGCAUCUGAGAAAGGAUCGCUUUGUCUUCAUGACUCAAAUCCUUCCAGAGAAGGUUCGGCUACAUCAGGAAAAGAUUGACCACGGCGAACUUUAG